CCUUAACCUCCCUGCCUCACUGCAAAGAUGAAGACAGACACAGCGCGGGACUCGGUGAAAUCAAGGAUGCAAAGAGAGAAGGAAAGGACUGGCAGAGAGUAAGAAGUGCCUUUCAAAAGAAGUUAAUGAAGCCCACAGAAAUCGUGAAACUGGAUACCACAGUCAAUGAGGUCCUGGUGGAUUUCAUGCAUAGAAUAGAUGAUCUUUGUAACCACAAUGGUGAAAUUGAAGACAUAUAUUCAGAAUUCAACAAAUGGUCCUUUGAAAGUAUCUGCUUGGUGUUGUAUGGGAAGAGGUUUGGACUCCUGCAGCGGGAUGUGGGAGAAGAAGGCCUGAACUUCAUCAAGGCUGUAAAAACGAUGAUGGGUACUUUCGGGAUGAUGAUGGUGACCCCAGUUGAACUUCAUAAAAGUCUGAACACAAAAGUCUGGCAAGCUCAUACUAACGCAUGGGACAAUAUCUUUAAAACAGCCAAGUGUUCGAUUGACAGCAGACUGGAGAAAUAUUCUGCCAAUCCCAGUGAAGAUUUCCUGUGCGACAUUUACUUUGGGAGUCAACUCUCCAAGAAGGAACUGUAUGCUGCUAUCACAGAGUUCCAGAUUGCAGGAGUUGAAACGACUGCCAAUAGUCUACUGUGGGCUCUGUAUAACAUUUCACGCAAUCCCCACGUUCAACAGAAGCUUUUCCAGGAAAUACAGAGUAUAGUGUCUGCUAAUGAGAGUCCAGAUGCUGAGGACCUGAAGAAAAUGCCUUACCUAAAAGCGUGUCUGAAAGAAUCUAUGAGGAUAACACCAUCUGUGCCAUUUACCACUCGCACUCUUGACAAAGAAACAAUGCUUGAGGACUAUGUGCUACCUGAAGGAACAGUGUUGAUGUUAAACAGUCAUGCCUUGGGAUCCAAUGAAGAGUACUUUAGUGACUGGACUACAUUUAAACCAGAGCGUUGGCUUCAGAAGAAUAUAAUAAAUCCUUUUGCUCAUAUUCCUUUUGGCAUUGGGAGGAGGAUGUGCAUUGGGCGUCGCUUAGCUGAACUACAACUUCAUUUAGCUCUUUGCUGGCUUGUUCGCAAAUAUCAGAUUAUAGCAACUGAUAGUAAACCAGUAGAAGCUCUGCAUUCAGGAAUACUAAUCCCCAGCCGAGAACUUCCAGUUGCCUUUAGAAGACGAUGAGGUAAAGUGGAUAAGUGCCUUUGGAACACGGUAGACUCCAUUCUGCUCUAUGUAGUAGUAAUGCCACUUCAAAAUUCAGUGGGGCUGUUCAGGCAGAGCAGAUUUUGGCCUGUACAAUCUAACAUUGUUGCAUGAAGAUUCAUAUUUCUUAGAGGACACUAUGCUUCACUGCCUUUAAAUAACUCUUGUAAACUGCAAAAGAAGCUAGGAAUUGCAUAAUAGGUUGAUAUAGCUUUCUAGCCUUUGAUUGUAUUAAGUACAAUGGGGGGGCCACAACAGUCUGCUUCUGUCCUCCAGACAGAUAGCGAAAACCCACCUGUUUUCCCCCCCAGUUAUAUCAUUCAUUAGCUGGAAUCCAGUAGAUGGUUUUCUUCUGCAUUUCAAGAAGGCAUUAUCCUGAAAAUAGCAUUAGAUUUUUCCAAGGUACUAAAUCAGAGUGUUGGUCCAUCUAGUUUUACCAAUGGCAAACAACUGAUCCUGACGAUAAAGGCAAAACACACCAAGAAACUUGAUCUUCACUUGCAUUAUUAACAAAGGUUGGCCAGUCCAGGAGCCUGGAUUCAAAUUAGAGCUUGGAGUUCAGAUUCAAGGUCAAAUAAGGCUAUGCUUUGAUUCUGAUGAUGCCAAAGUAUCAUGAAUUGAUGUGAGACUUCAGCUCCAAAUAGCCAUGAUACUAUAAAAUCAGCUGUACGCAGGCCUGAUUUAGCUUGUACUAAAGCCAAAUGUAAAUUGGAAAAUCAGGUUUCUUGUGGAUUUAGAUCUGAGCCAGAACCAAGCCCUCAAAAUAGGGUUUAAGUGGAACUUAAAUGGCAUAUAGGCUGUUUACUAGUCUAUUAGACAAGAGAAUAAUUCACCCUAUGUGAAUUGAGUAGGGAUAUUAACCAUACUCUAAGCUCUGCUUAACGUAUACUUAGAUUGUAGAGAACUGAUUAUUACAUGAAUGGAUUCUCUGUUUAUCCAGAUUGUCUAUUGCUGCCUUUUCUGGUGACAGCACAUGUGAAUCUAGAGUACCAAAGCCAUUAAGGCACUAAGCACUGGAGAAAUCGCCAUGGACAUGCCUUCAGCAAUGCACUGAUGAGAAGGACAGAAAUACAGAGUCAACAAAAGCUCAUGUAGUCCUUACACUGUAUGAAACUGUGUCAGUUAGCAGGUUUUUCUAAAUGCAUUGCACAAUCCUAAAAUGAAAGAACAAAAAUAUUGUGCAUCUUUGCAUCUGUGGGCCCAUAUACCAGAAAAGUUGAAGGAAAUUCAUUGUUUGAGAGUUUUAUAGUGGGCUGUGGAACUCAAUAUCGAGCACCAGUCAGUACUGAGUGAAGGGUGUUACCAGCUGGAAGUUGUUCAGUGUUUGAGAAAGGAAUUAGGCUCAAUCCUAUGUGUGUCACAAAGGGUACAUGGGAGUUAUCAGGCAUAAUGGUCCCACUAGGUUGGGGUUGAGGUGGGAUACUGUGAAGAAAUCUUGCCUUAGUCUUUCCCAGACUGUUCCAGUUUUGUGGAUUCAGCUGAAGAUUUCCAUCUGCAGAGCUGUCAAUUUGUGACCUUUUAACAAAAGAACUAAUUAGGAAAAUAAUAGAAGUACAUUUCCCUCUUAAAAGAGUUUUUUCUUAUAAAGCAUAGAAUAAGAUCAAAGCCAUUUAGAUGGACUUGUCCAUGUAUUUGAACCCCGCUUCUCUGUGACACAAGGGGUUCUCAAACUUCAUUGCACUGCGACCCCCUUCUGACAACAAAAAUUACUACAUGACCCCAGGA